GUUUACCAUAGAAACUUCUUCACGUUGUUUUUCUAUUGCGUUUGGCGACUGUUAAUUUUUUAGUUUUGUCAAUUUCGGUUUUAUUACAGUUUUGCGCCCUUUGUCAAGGGAAAUGUUGUCUAAAUUAAGCCUUUACCGGUCUAAGGAAUCCCUGCGUGUUUUAAAUAUACUUCUUAAAUGUGAGAACAGUCAUUUAUUUGGUAAAGCUCAUCACCGACAUGCUUCUGCAUUUGCAAAGAUUUAUCAACUUGACAGAUCGUCUACAAACUUGGUAUCCACUGUCAAUACACGGAAUAAUCUGUUGUACACAAAUACAACUAAUAAUCUAACUCUUAGCAAAAGAAAUUAUUGUGAUGACAGCAAAAAAGGUGAUGGUGAUGAUGGCGUCAAUCCAGAGAAUGAACCUUUGUCCAUCAAAGAAGAAGAAGAACAUGAUCUUAUCAUGUCUGGGAUUUCUAACACAUUAGCCACUAUGACCGUUCCAGAAUAUUGGCCUAAUAUACCUGUUAUAGCUAUUACUGGAAGACCAGUAUUUCCAAAAUUUUUAAAAGUUAUUGAUGUUUCUAAUCCAUCAUUAAUAUCGCUCAUCAAACGUAAAGUUAAGCUUAACCAACCUUACGCUGGUUUGUUUUUGAAAAAGAGUGAAGAUGAUACAGAGGAUGUUGCUAAAACUUUAGAUGAUGUAUACCCUAUUGGAACGUUUGUUCAAAUUUUGGAAAUUCAAGAUGUAGGUGAUAAAUUGAAAGUCGUGGUUCAAUCUCAUCGGAGGGUAAAAUUAGUGAAACAGUUACCCGAAGAUUUUGAUGCUUCGAAUGACAAGUUGAAAAAAAAGAAAUUGAAGAAAAAAGACGAAUCAGCUGAUAUUGAAGCAGAAAAUCUUGUUAAUCAAGAGACCGUUCCACCAAUUACCUCGAAUGAACCAAGGCCUGUUCUCAUGGCACAAGUUGAUAAUGUGAACCACGAACAGUUUGAAAUGACCAAACAAGUUAAAGCGAUCACUCAAGAGAUUGUCAAAACCAUACUAGAUAUAAUGUCAGUUAAUCCUUUAUAUCGUGAAUCGGUAUUACAAAUGCUGCAAGCUGGACCCAGAGUUGUUGAUAAUCCUGUCUAUCUUUCUGAUCUUGGUGCUGCUUUAUCUGGUGCCAAAGGUCCUGAACUUCAAGCAGUUUUAGAGGAACAAAAUAUUCCUAAAAGGCUUGAAUUAUCCUUAACACUACUCAAAAAAGAAUUUGAAAUGUCGAAACUUCAACAAGAAAUUGGAAAAGAAGUUGAAGAUAAAGUGAAACAACAACAUCGUCGUUAUUUAUUGCAUGAACAGCUAAAAGUAAUAAAAAAAGAACUGGGACUGGUAAAAGACGACAAAGAUGCUAUUGAAGAGAAGUUCAAGGCUCGAUUGAAAGACCUGAUUGUUCCUAAGCAUGUUAUGGAUGUUAUCGAAGAAGAAAUGAACAAAUUAGCCUUUUUAGAUAAUCACUCAUCUGAAUUUAGUGUCACUCGAAAUUAUUUAGAUUGGUUGACUAAUCUUCCUUGGGGUAAGAGUAGCGAAGAAAAUUUAGAUUUAGAAAGAGCCAAAAAAGUUUUAGAGGAAGAUCAUUAUGGAAUGGAAGAAGUUAAAAAACGAAUUCUUGAAUUUAUUGCUGUUAGUCAAUUGAGAGGUAAAACUCAGGGUAAAAUUUUGUGUUUCCAUGGUCCACCUGGAGUCGGUAAAACAAGUAUAGCCAAGUCUAUCGCCCGUGCUCUAAAUCGAGAGUAUUUCAGGUUCAGUGUUGGUGGUAUGACUGAUGUUGCCGAAAUUAAAGGACAUAGACGAACUUAUGUUGGAGCUAUGCCCGGAAAAUUGAUUCAAUGUCUGAAAAAAACUAAAUCAGAGAAUCCUUUAGUGCUAAUUGAUGAAAUUGACAAAAUUGGCAGAGGAUAUCAAGGUGACCCAUCUUCAGCUCUUCUUGAGAUCUUGGACCCAGAACAGAAUGUUAACUUUUUAGAUCAUUAUUUGGACGUAACGGUUGAUUUAUCGAAAGUGUUAUUUAUUUGCACUGCAAAUGUGCUUGAUACAAUACCAGAGCCUCUAAAAGAUAGAAUGGAAGUUAUUGAAGUUUCAGGUUAUGUUGCUGAGGAAAAAGUGGCAAUUGCAGAGCAAUAUUUGAUUCCUCAAGCACGAGAAAUGGCCGGAGUUAACGAGGAUAUUGCUAAAAUUCCGAAGGAUGUUUUACAAACUUUAAUAAAAGCAUAUUGUCGCGAGAGUGGAGUUAGAAACUUGCAGAAACACAUAGAAAAGAUUAUGCGAAAAGCUGCCUUCAAGAUAGUCAACAAAGAAGCUGAGAAAGUCAGUAUAAAUGUCGAAAAUUUGCAAGAUUUUGUCGGAAAGCCAAUUUUCACGCAAGAUCGAAUGUAUGAGCGAGCUCCUGUUGGAGUUACGAUGGGCUUAGCUUGGUCUGCAAUGGGAGGAUCAGUUUUAUUUAUUGAAACAACUUUGUACAAACCAAUAUUGGAAGCAGAAAAGGACGGUGAAGCAGAGGUCGGCUCAAUGAAAUUGACAGGUCGUCUUGGUGAUGUUAUGAAAGAAAGUGCUGACAUUGCUUAUUCUGUGGCGAAAGCGUUCCUUUCAAAAGUAGACAGCAAUAACGAUUUCUUGGAAAAAGCUCAUAUUCAUUUGCAUGUUCCGGACGGAGCGACUCCUAAGGAUGGUCCAAGCGCAGGAUGUACUAUGAUCACAGCUCUUCUCUCUUUGGCUUUAAAUAAACCAGUACGGAAUAAUCUAGCAAUGACUGGUGAAGUAUCACUCACUGGUAAAGUCUUACCAGUUGGUGGAAUCCGAGAGAAAACAAUUGCUGCCAAACGUGCCAACGUCACUUGUUUAAUCUUGCCUCAAGAAAAUCGUAAAGAUUUUGAUGAGUUACCUGAUUUUAUAAAAAGUAAUCUAGAUGUUCAUUUUGUUGAUAAUUAUAAACAAGUUUUUGAUAUCGCUUUUUCUCAUAACUUAGAAGAUUGAUUCCGAAUAAAUGUAAUCAAAUCACUAUUUUGUAUGAAAGGAAGAGUUCAUAGUUUAAAACUAAUUCACCAAAUUAAAUAAAUUCACUUCAA